AUGGGCGGCCCGGCAAGGGCACUGCUUGGCGGCUUCAGUACCACCACUUCUUCCCUGGAGGUUGGAAGUCGGAUGGCUUGGCCAAGCAACAACCCCCUGGACCUCAACCAAACCCCCUCAUGGGGACUCGGAAGCAAUGGUGGAGGCGCGGCAGCCAUGAGCGGAGGUCUGGACAAUUUUACCCAGGAGUCCUUUACCAGGACUGUGAUUAAAGAGAAGAACUGGCCGGCGCUGCUCAUCCUCGUCAUCAUCGCCUUGACGAUCGGUGGGAACAUUCUGGUGAUUCUGGCGGUGUCGUUGGAGAAGAAGCUCCAGAACGCUACCAACUUUUUCCUGAGGUCGCUGGCUGUGGCGGACAUGCUCGUGGGAAUCCUGGUCAUGCCGAUCUCCCUCAUCAACAUCCUCUAUGGUGAGUUUUGAGUUCUUGACAAAAUACUUCUGUCUGCGUUGAUGGGAGAACAUUUGCUACAACAAGUGACCAUUUGCCAAAGGUAGUAAUAGAGAGAAUUGUUGCUUGUUUGAACUUGAUUGGUUAUGAUUCCACCCAGCAUCUUCUCAAGCAUCAAUCUUAGCACUGUCUGAAAGUUGUCGACAUCUUGAGUCCAAGUAAAGUCACCAACCUUGAAAAUCAGGACUCAAGUUCAAGCCUUGGAUCGUAGUGCUGCAACACUGGGUUUACCUGUAAACAUUUCACAUCUUUACCUACCUUUAGAGGUAUCCAGCCAUUAAAAUAGUUCAUCUCUCUAGUUUUCUUGUUAUCAGUUGCUUGGAUAUCAGCCUCGUCCACCACAAAGCAGAGGUAGACCCUGUGACAGGGUCUACAUAGACACAGGGACUUUAGGGAGUGGAUUGCUGAUUGCUAGAUCGAAAAGGGAGUUUCAUUUGGGUCGUUAAGGUCUGAAACCAAUGACGUGAACCACCCAAAAGACAGACAGGCCACCAAGUUGACAUGAACCACAUCCUCUUGUUCUUAAUCAGUGUUUUGUCCAUUUGUCGAGAUACUGGAACUCUGUCAUAAAGAGUGUUUUGUUAAAUUCAAACAGGGAGGUGUCUUUUGCAGCGAAGUCAUUGCCAGUUUUUUAAGUUUAGUGUAUCUCUGGAAAAGUACAGUGUCACGAAGCAAUCUGGUAACGAAUAUCACACAAAGUGGUUAAGUGUUUUAUGGGUGUUAGUGUUUUAUUUUCUCUUUUUUAUUUAUUUGUGCUGUGUUAUUUUGUGCUGUAGGGUCUGAUCUUAUUAUAAAUGUCUCACAAAUGGUUUAUGCACGGUCCUUUUUUGUCAUCAUUUUGUUUAGUAAAGGGGGAAAUGACAUUUUUCAAGUUCCAAGGGGGUCAUGGGAGAAGAAGCUCAGAACCACUGCUUAUUUUCAUAUCAAUACUGCUCUUUUAGGUGCCUCAUCUUCAUCAAGACAACACUGAUACUUGCUGUAAAUCUCACCCCAUACGUCCACAGUCACUCCUGUUGAGCUCCACUUUUGAUCUCAGACCUCCACCCACUUCCCAGCUGUUGGCGGCGCACUGUGACGUACGCCCUGUCAUCAUUUCCAGACAUUUUUCAGAGCAAAUUUUGGAAUAAUUACUGCUUCCGAGAGAUUGCACGCUGUUACGUUGUGAGUGAUCCAAGAGUCAGAGGAUGCCAAGCUGAUAAUAGUGAUAUCAUACCAGCUAUCAACUGCUGCUCUCGCUGAUAAAAUCCCUGCCAGGACUCUGCAUGAACGCCUACAUUUGCCUAAUAGGAUGUCUGGUUGUUAUACGGUGGGCUGUGUAUUGAAUUUCUAUUCCAAUAUUGAAUAAAAACAUUGAAUUAGAGACAGGCCGCCUUCAUGAGAUAUUCCAGUGAGAUUCUGCAUAAACACCCAAAUAAGAGCCUCUUUUUCUAACUUUGUACCGGCAAAGGAAGGAGAGUACCCGACAUCAGAGAACAGAUCACAGACCUGAGAGUAAAAUUCAACUCUUGGCAGAAUUUGAGAUGAAUACAAGCUGUGAUGGUAAUCCUUUUUAUGCCUGAAUCACUCAGAAGAUCACAGGGAUUACAUGUACUGAGCCUUUAAACAAUGCAUAACUACGUCCAACCGCAGCUUCAAGUGGUUUCAAAUUUACAUGACAAGUAUGCGUUAAGACUUAUACACUGCAUAUGCCUAUUUGUGCCAGUUAUUCUGCCCUCACUAGUGCAUUGAACUAGCUUUACAGAUAGCUAACAGUUGCUAACAGUUGCUCGGGUAAACACCAGGAAGCUUCUCACCAUUUUGGCAUUUAUUGGAACCAAUUCGAUGCAUAAACAUUGUAAAUAUAGCAGUUAUAUACCAAAUAUAUGUAAAUCAUUGAUGCAGGCUGAGCUACAACUGAAUAAACACACAAACAACUAGCGAUUAGCACGACGCUAAUUCACAUAGAAAAACCCAUAGGGAUGCUAACGCUAUUAGCGUCUUGUUAUCGUCGGAAUUUUUUAGACAUAAAAUAACUUAAGGUGCUUCAUGUGAGCAUGUAACAUAUAGUAACAUCUUUGUACAACGUAAAACUUACCGCCGGUUCAAGAGUCACCUUUUUACCCUCUUUCUGGGACCAAAAUGGAAGUUUGGUUUUGUUUUCUUUCAUGCUAACGUCAUCCAGGUCCCAUUGUUUCCUGUGUUUUGCUUUCCAGGGGCGUGUCAAGACUUUUUGAUUGGGGUGUCACAACAGGGCACCAUCAUACUUAGAGGUGGCCACAUAUUCCUCCCAUUUAGCCUUUCUUUUUUCACUUAAAUAUGAUUUUGAUUUUAUUUUGAUAAUAUAUCAAAAGUAAAUCUGAUUUCUGUAGUCUAGCGAACUUAAAGUAUUUUCAUUUAGACUCACAAAAUAAGAAAAACCCUUUUUAGAGCCAGGACAGGGACAUUUACACUGUUGCAGCAUUUAAGUAAAGGACAUGUGUAUCUAAAAUAAUAAUCAAUCCCCAGAGAAAUCCAUCAAUUUCUUGAUCAGUGCUUACCAAAUGUUGAUAUCUUAAAGUGACAAUCAAACCACCGCCAAAUAAAUUUCAGAGUUGAGGUUUGGCCUCGGACGGAGCAGAGUGAUUUCAUUUCUGUUAACGUGAGAAGUCUUGCGCUGUUAUCAGCCAGUGUCACAUUUGGUCAUUCUGUGUCACUCUGAGAAAACAUUUUGAUUUACAGAGUCUGGGUGCAAACAGUGACAGACUACGAGCCAAACAGUUCAGUCUGGAAGGACAGUUUGUUCCGUUUUAACAUUGUGACAGCAGAGGAAGACAGAUUGGGAAAAAGUCAAUACGGGUGUUAUCUUGACAGGCCACAUUUGUGCUCAGUGGGUCUUAUUUGAGUUUUCUGCUUAUUAAAAUUAUAUAAUCAGUUUAUCAGGGCUGAAAAUCUGUGACUUGGAGCUUUUGCUGUGAUGAACUAUCAUUGUAAACUAGCAGCAAGCAUUAUUAGCGUUGACUGAAGCCCACUACCACAGCUACAGUAGCCCACCUACUCAUCUACAUUUUUUCAAUUGACUAAUUCGUCUUCAUAAUCACUUUAUUUAUUCUUCUGUACAUCAAACAUAAGUUCAUUUUCUGAUGAUCUGUUUUUCCACCCAUCCAUCUUGUUAUCCAUGAGUCAUUUAAUCAAUCAACCAACAGUUCAUGCAUCCAUCUUCCCGAUUAUUCAUUUAUUAAUCAAACCAUUCAUCAACCAACCAUAUGGCCUGUCCCUCUGCAUUCAUCAAGUCAUCCAUCCAUCUGUCCAUACAGCUCCACCCAUCCAUCAAUGGAUGAAGGAAUCCAUACAUCUUUACAUACGCUUGUUUCCAACUAUCCAUCCUUCCAUUCAUCCAUUAUUUCAGUUGCAUUAAUCCUUCCAUCCAAUCAUCCAUCCACUUCUCUCCAUUCAUCCACUCUUUCAUCCACUUGUAUACAUCUAGUAUUCUAUCAUCCAUCCAUCCAUCAUCUAUAGAUAGAUCCAUCCUUUUUUCAUCUAUCAUUCAUCCAUUCAUCUGGCCAUUCAUAAAUCUAUACAUUGGUAGCCAUCCAUUCACCCCUCCAUCUACUUUUGUCAUCCAUCCAUUAACCCAUCAACACAUUCAUUCAUCUUCCCAUCCAUUUGCUUUCAUUUAAUUGUCUUUCCAACAUCCAUCCAUCUAUCUAUCCAUCCAUCAUCUACAUGUGUCAUCCAUCCAUCCAUCCAUCCAUCAACCAUGUAUGGAUAGACCCAUCCUUUUUUCAUCUAUCAUUCAUCCAUUCAUCUGGCCAUUUAUAAAUCCAUCCACUAGUAUCCAUCCAUCCAUCCAUCCAUAUACCCAUCAACCCAUCCAUUCAUCUUCCCAUCCAUCUACUUGUGUCAUCUAUUCAUCCAUCCAUCCAUCCAUCCAUCAACCAUCUAUAGAUAGACCCAUUCACUUAUCAUCUAUCAUUCAUCUGGCCAUUCAUAAAUCCAUCCACUUAUAUCCCUCCAUCCAUCCAUCCAUCUACUUGUGUCAUCCAUCCAUCCAUCCAUCCAUCCAUCCAUCCAUCCAUUAACCAUCUAUGGAUAGACCCAUUCAUCUAUCGUCUAUCAUUCAACCUUUUAUCUGGCCAUUCAUAAAUCCAUCCACUUGUUUCCAUCCAUCCAUCUACUUGUUUCCAUCCAUCCAUCCAUCCAUCCAUCAAUCUAAUUGUUAAUCCUUUUAUUUCAUUUCCACUGUCCAUAUAUCUGUUCAUGCAUCCCCGUCCCCAUUAUUUUAUUUCACCAUACGUUCAUCAUUCAUCCAUCUAUCCCUUCAUUCAUCCAUCCUCAUAUCCAUUCAUCUCUAUCAAAGUCAAAGGGUUGCACACAGUGAUGUAAAUGCACCAGUUGAGUUCAUUUGUCAUUUUUCAUCACCUUCGUUAAUUACUCUGUUUUAACCCUUUAUUAAACCACUCUGGUCCUGCUUUCAAACCUGCUGUUUCCACGUCCCUGCUCUUUAGCUAACACCCUACAGGAAUACUAAACUAGAGGGGAAGGGCAGUGGCUGCUUAACAGCUUGUGUGUGGUCAAUGGACACACUUGUACAGCCGAUUGUCCUCGUGUUAAUCAAUGGUUCAAACAAAAGAAGAACAAAAAAAAAACCCAGACAGAUCGUUCGUUUGUUCUCACAUCUUUAAAAGGGCUCCUGUCACACUGUGCACACACUCAAAGCGCUGAACUAUACCUGCCCUGUUAUCCAUCAGACGGGUACUUGACUGCAUUGAUCCCCACAGAUGCCUUAGUACCAGAUCACACACACACACUCACACACUAAAACAGACUACAGGCAGGUCACGAAAUGUUCUUACUCGAUUGAAAUUGACGUUAAAUCACUUCGAACGCAGUGAUUAUGAUGAUGACGAUAAUUAAGAUGAUGAUGGCAAUCAUGAUGAAAUAUGAUGUUGAUUGUAAUUUAGCCACGUUUAGCACACAAACAUGCAAAGUCUGCAGUCACACACACACACACAGCUUUCAGGGGGUACAUUUGAAAUUCUUUAAUUGGGAAUAUCGAAACGGUGAUUAGAUAUAACUGAUGGGAGUCUGAUUUCAAAAUAACAAGCACAUACUCACACACACAGGCUGGCUACUCCUAAUGGUCUGCAACCAAAACAAAUAUGAGAUUGAAAACGGUCUUAAUGGUCUUGAUCAAAUUACGUUGUUGAAUAAAUCUUAACAAAUGUCCCAAUAUAGUUGACCUCAGUCGGGUUCACUCACACACAUCUCAUAUAGAUGACUCCAGGGUUUAUAAAUAGUAAGGCUGUCUCAAUAUGUCAGUGUUGAUGAGAAGUGUCCUCUCAAAGUAAAAUAUUGGUUUAAUCAUGUUGGUAUCCUUUGGUUCAUAGUUUGGUUGGUGAGGAUCAAUCAGGAACACUCUCAUCAUAGAUUUUAUUGCCAAAUGGUAAUGCAGUUAUACUAAUGCUAAAGGCUCUGCUUGCUAAAUUAGUCAAGCAGGAUGCCAUGGCUUUCCAGGAUUGCCAAUUCUUCUGCAAGGGUACGAACAAGUAUUUGGACUAGACAGAACAGAGUGUGGGAAACAGUUGGUUUAGGAGGGAUCAGUGAGAGGGUAGACAAGUUUGGAUGGACUAAGAAUAGGCUGUUAUUGGUCUGAGGUUGAUUGGAGAUGAUAAUUCAACCAGCAGCCCCUUGAUCAAGGUUCAAGGCCUUUACCGCGUGCCAUUUUCCUCCAUUCCUCAUUAAUCCAUCAAAGAUCUAUCAAAUUAGAAAGUCUGAAAUCUGCAAAGUCAGCCUCAGGCACAUCUGACUCUGAGAGAAGAGAAACUGGUCAAUAUGUUACACCUAAAACAGACCUCGGUCCAACCUUUUGGCACCCUGCCCUUCACUUAGUGCCUAUAUUAUGCGCCGCUUAACUAGCAAAAACUGUUCCAAUAUGUCCUAAUUCCUUUGCACUUUGAAUUAUGCAUUUUAAAUUAUUUAUUUAUGGCCCUCUUACUUAUUUGCCAAUAAAAACAUACUUAAAAUCUUACAUCGAAUUUCUGGGAAUAGAUCCAUCUGAAACUGCUUCUUAAAAGCCUCCAACAGGAAGUACAACAGGAGCCAACAUCUGAGUCCUGUUGAAUUCGCAGUAAGAGCUUGUGUAUGCUCUCUCUCUCUCUCUUACAUUACUUUCUCACAGACAAAGCACCGAGUAAAAUUGCAGUUUGAUCUCCUAUUAUGGCAACGUGACUGGAAAUUGAAGCUUUUCCACAUCCAUUUGACUAUUUAACAUUCGUCUGACGUCUUUAUUGAAAGUGUGAUCCCAGCACCAGAGGAAUAAGAGAUGGGGUAACAUUUCAAAUGAGUGUAAUUUAGAUUCAAUCAGGUUGUUUCGGUCCUUGGCUCCUAUUUUGGUGAUAAAACAUCGAGGUGAUAAUAUAUGGAGUGAGGAAAAGGUUCAUACUGCAGGUGUGUGACUUAAAUAAAAACUGAGAGUAUAUCUCACCUCGAGUCUGUCUGCAAAACAUAAACAGAUAAAAGCUAAAUAUCUAUGAAUAUUUAACGCAGAGACGAUGAUUUAUGAAACCUCAGAUCAGAAGAGAAAGAGAGUUGAAAUAAGAUAGUUGAGGAGCAGCAAAGAGGGGGAGGGGAUCCUAUAGACUCGGGGAAAAACCACACACACACACAGUGGGACACAGCUUUGGAGUGGAGGACCUUCAAGGCCGACUCAAUCUCAGUUAUCGCUGAAGGCUAUCUCCCUGCACGGGGCUCCAAUUGGAAACACACAGUGUCGGACAAAACACACAUGCACCUACAAAUACACAUCUCUGCACACAUAGAUAUCUGAAAAGGGAUUCAUUUGGAGUGUGUCAUCUUUGCUUUAAUGGAGUUUGUUGCAAACAGAGACUGUAAUGUAAGAUACAGUGACGAACAGAAAGAAAUAGAGCAAGAGGAAGUAAUUAUUUGGGUCUGUGAUACGGUAAAUUGAACCCUGGAGAUGAGAGAUGUUUCAGUUCCUCUGUUUACAUUACAGAAUCAUAUCGAGUUAACACAGAGUAAGUUAAGAGAGGAUAUAGUACACAUGAUUGGAGUCUUUAUCAUAUCCACUCUGAUCACAAUUCACAGGCUGAAUGUGAAUGUGGAAUCUGCACUCGGGGGUCUAGAUUAAUUACUGGGAUGAAGGAAAAACGGAGAGCAAAAGCAGGCGGAAUCAAUACGCAUCGGUUGUUGUGAUUGAACCCCUCGACGCCUCCCUUUAGAAGUGUUACAGGCGUGUUUAACAAGGAGGAGACCCCAGGGUGAACCCAGAGGUUGCUGGAGGGGAGGGGGGUGAUGUAUUCCGCUUGGCCUGGACAAGAUGGGAAAUGCUGGAGGGGUGAGGGAUGUGUGGAUCCACCUGCUCAAGAUGCAAUGAAUGGACGAUUGAUUGGAUGGAUGGAUGGAAGGCUGGAUGAAUAGAUAGAUAGAUAGAUAGAUAGAUAGGUACGUAGAUAGAUCGAUAGGUAGGUAGAAAGGAAGAUAGAUAGAUCGAUAGGUAGAUAGAUAGAUAGAUAGAUAGAUAGAUAGAUAGAUAGAUAGAUAGAUAGAUAGAUAGAUAGAUAGAUCAAAGAAUAGAUGGUUAGCUUUGCAUUCAUAUCAACAGUUUUCUAGAAAAACUAGAAAAACCUCUAUUCCUUCCUCGUCCACAGGGGGCACCAAAUUAAAGACAAACAGCUGUUGGAAUUUGUGUAUUUUCUGUUUGUCUCCAAGGGUUUUAAAUCUUAGAGAAUACAACACACCCCUGAGCCGGCUGAGUAACACCCUGUUUGUGUGUGUGUGUGUGUCAUCAUGAGUGUGUGUCAUCUCUCAGUGCCCCCCAGUGAGUGUUUGACCUCUGAGAAAUUAUGCAAGCCACUUCCCACUCGCACACACACACACACACAAACAAGCGUGUGAUUCACUCCGCAUGCAUCAUGAACGGGCCGCACGGGCCGCAAAUCUCAAAUGAAAGAAGAAUUGCGUGUGUGUUUCAGGGAGUGUGUGUGCUUGUUUGUGUUUGUGUGUAUUUGGCUGCAGGUCUUGAAAUCUGUGAAGAAACGACUUCACAGAAAUGGCUGCAGGCGUAGAGAGGCACAGGGAGACUUUGUAGUGAACAGCGUCUGCAGAAAGCUGACACAGCUGGAAAACAAAGCAGAGGAUCACCUUCAGUCACAUUUUACUUUCAUUUUCAUAUUUUCUCAGGCAGGACAUCCUUUGGGGGAAAGAAAUCGCUGAGAAACUAAGGUAAAGAUCUGAAUUUCAUUGACAUCGUGAGCUCUGGGGCGUCUUUAAGGGAGUUCACACUCAUUUUAAGACUCUCAUAAUGAACUCCAUGUGGCAAGGAACAACUUUUGGGAGUUUUCCCCUCAGCUUUUGUGAGUUCAUUAGGAUUUGUCAGCAGCCAUAUGCUUAAAUACCUUCCUUUCCCUGGUGCACCUUUUUGACUGGAGGCAAAAACAACACCAGCCUAUCAUUUAAGCCCGCUAAGCAGCCAACUUGCCAAUUAAGCUAAUUAAUUUACCCCACUUUAAGCAAAGGUUAACCCAUUAAUUUGAUUAGUCUCUCAGCAUAAACACUCCCCGCCAUGUCUUUGGGUUGCCGCCGUGUUUGUGUGUCCCCCGGCGACACAGCGGCCCGGCGCAGAGAUAAAGGAGACGGAUUUUUCCACCCGUGACCCAAACUUAGUCUCCCCCGCAGAGCAAUGAGCCAAAACAAUGACUCAAAAGCAGCUCUACAGGGUAUCAUACAGUCAGCGGCUGUGACCUUUGAACUGUCUGUGGAGAGCAGCGAAAAAAAGGAGGAUUUCACCCAGGGGGAUCAACAGAGCAUCACCAAAGAAAAAGUCUUCUUCUGUUUCCUGCCGGGAGUUAAAUGACUGUUUUAGUCACAGCUGAUGAACUGGUACACCAAACUCUGUGAGCAUCCAGCUGCGUUUAUCCCCGGUAAAAAUGAGACCAGACUCAAACUAUGAACAUCCACAAGAAAAGUUUGGUCCCUAAAGCUCCUGUGAGGAACUUUCUGUUUGUGUGGAUUUUGGCGCCCCCUGUGGACAAAGUGGUAACCCUUUGUCUAAUCUUUCUGAUAGAGGUGUAAACUGACGUAACCCAAAAAGGGGGUUACGUCAUCUAUCAAGGUGACCUAUUUUGGUCCCACAAAGCGAGUGGAUUUUUCAGUUUCAUACCCUAAACCCAACUGCUUCUGUCUUCUGUCUGCUAUUCUUAAUUCUUAAAUCGACAUUUGCACUGACUACCUCUUACCCCGGAAUCCCACUGGAUCCGGAAUGGCUCUGCUUUGCUCCGGCGGGCAGGCAGAGCAAAUACGCAAAUAGCGGAUCUGCAGCGAAGCCGGACGGCAGACGGAUUCCGUGGAAAGACACACAUUGAUUAUAAUCCUUCUGUAUUUGGUCCACCUGCCUUUCCGGAGCUGAGAUAUUCUGGAUCCUGUGGGUUUCGCCCGUUACAGUUCAUUCGUCAUUGUUUUGCAAGGUACAUGGAACUUGAUGGAAGGGAAUCAAUAGAGAAACCAUCAAGAAUAAAGGCUAAUGAGGGUGAUGGUUCAGUGUUAGUGUUAGUUACAUUUUCGUUCAUCAGUUUAUCAGUUGAAAAGCAUUGAAGAACCAACAUUUGUCAACAGAGCUGUCAAUCAUGAUGCUAUACCCUUUUUACAGCUUUAAAAAACAGAUCCAAAAUAACUUUAUUGACAGAAGCCAUGAUUGAGAAAACUUCAUAUUCCAUGUUAUCUAACUUUAAAGUUUGACCCAUGUCUAAUCUGUUCACAUGGAGGAGGCGGGGCUUAAAUACACAGUAAUAAGGGUACUUAAAGAUUCCCCAUACUUUUUAAAGUAUAGAACUUUUUGGUCAACAAUUGUCAACCUCAGCCCACCAUGUGUCUGAUAUUUGAUGUCUUUCACGGAUGGUAAACUACACAGCAUGACUCAUUUCCUCUGCGUGGGUUUAGCCCCGUAGCGCUCGCUCUGUCAAAUCAAUCUUUAUGCUCGGCUUUAAUCAACGUAACUAUUCAUUAUUCUUUUGUUGAAUCCUGUUUUCAUUAUCUCGUCACCUUUUUAAUCUACGAACCAGCGGGAGGCUUCGAAACCCUGAAACAAAACAAACUUCAACCGCUCACUUCACACGAACCUCAGACACAGUAAAGCUCUCAUUGUCCAUACAUAAAUAUGCAUUGUGUUCAUCCACCGUACACUGAUGUGUACACUCACCUCCCUGCUGGCAACAUUUGCAUACAAACUCACAUUCCAAUCCAAACCAUUAAUUUUCAGACUAAAGAAAUGUCCAUACAUGUAAUUAUUCGAAUCUGAACAGUCACAGUGUUACCUUUCAGUUACAUAAACGCUGUAAUUAAACUACAACAUUAACCCUCUAAUUCCUCAUGGGAUCUGGGUGAUUUGGUGUAUGCCGACUGUGCUGUGCCUCAAGCUUUGACGUUCUCUCAUUAAUUCGCUCAGGUCAACCUAUACAUGUUGCAUCAUAAGCCUUCAGACUCCUCGGAGCCUGAGGACGUUCAGUCAGAUAGACCUUCAGAAACAUAUAGUCUUCGUCACUGCCAUCAAAGGAGACAGUGCGUUAAAGCUGCAAAGAUGAAACUGGAGCCAAAUCAUGACUUUAUGCACCGCACAUCCUGAAGUGGAUUAUAAAUCAAGGGCUCUACCUAACACCCAAAGUAAAGUGGCAAAAAAGUGAUGCAAAGUAGGGAAACGCUGGCCAGCAGAUGGUGUAGCAGUUUGCGUCACCUGUCUGCAGACGCCAUCUUGAGCAAUGCAGCAUCGGAAAUGGUGCAGUGCAGAGGCCUUUACAAAUUUCUAAAAAGUGCAUUUUUGUGUUAAUAUGUUGUGUCGAAGAGGAAAAAUGCGCUAACCUGUCUUUAAACGAGUGGAAAUCACCAGGAAAUUUUCAGUUUUCGGUGCAUUGUUAUUGUGCAUUGAUUUAAAACAGUUCAGCGCAAAUUUCUUUCUAUUUUAUGUCCGAUGCAUUUUUUCGUUAUCAUAUCUAGUGUAAAAGUCACAGAUACUCAAGGCUGUCUGAGUGCGCAGGUAAGAUUGGUUUGACACAGUUGUGGUGCAUUGUUACUUUGGUUAAAGAAGCACAGAAGCUGGUGCAGUGCAGAUGCCGCAGCACUUUUCCCCAGCGCAUUUUCUUGCUAUCACACUUGGUUUGUAAUAUGUCAGCCCAUAUGCUCUUUGAGGGUUAAGAAGGGAGUGUUGUUUGUCAAAUUAAGGGUGCAUUGAUACUUUUGGGAGAGCAGCACAGAUUUAAUUGCACUUUAUGACCAAUUCAAUUUUUUGUUACUGCACCUGAUUUUCGAGUCACAAAACUUUAAAUGUACGUGUACACAUGGAAGGUUUUGCGUUGUGUGGGAUCGGUCACAGAGGUGGUGCAUUGUUAAGUUUGGCGAAAUUGCACAGCAGCUGGCGCAACAUGGAUGCAGUUACAAUUUUCUGGCCGAUGUGGUUUGCUUCUAAUGUUGGCAUUAGAGCUGCAAAUGCUGGUCAGCCACACUGAUGGUGCAUUGUUAUCUUGAGAGAUUUCGCCAUCAGCCAACAAAGACAUAGGGCUCUAUUUUCGUGCCUGCCGGCGGCGUGGCGAAGGGUGGCGGACCCCACGCAGUGGUAUUUUCAUCUGGCGAUGCCCGGUGCAUGGCCAGUUCGGUAUUUUCAUAGACUGAGGCGCACCGAGGACCGCCAAGCUUUCAGUCACGCUGACUUACGCUGCGCCUAUGCCACGCCGUUGGCGAGGCAAAAAAAUUUUGCCCAUAGUCUGAAGUUGUUUGUGAAUUUCUUCUUUUUUUUGCCUGUUAGUCACAAAAAUUAUGGUAUGUUUUUUUUUGUUUUCAUGUUAACCUCACCUUUAUUUCUUCCCCUUUUGCUCCAGACUACGCCUGGCCACUCCCAAGUACGCUGUGCCCAAUCUGGAUCUACCUGGACGUGCUCUUCUCCACCGCCUCCAUCAUGCACCUGUGCGCCAUCUCUCUGGACCGAUACGUCGCCAUCCGCAACCCCAUCGAGCACAGCCGCUUCAACUCCAGAACCAAAGCCAUGAUGAAGAUCGCUGCCGUCUGGACCAUCUCCAUAGGUCAGUUAUCUCACAGUUUAAUGUCUACCUCUUUACAAGCAACUUCAACACUAAUGGAACAAAUUUGCAGAUUCCCAAGUCUAAUCAAGCAAAUUGUUUGGACAGACUUUCCAGCAGUUUAAAAUGCUGUAGUAAUCAGUUUGUAAAGUGUGUUUGUGUUAAUGCCUCUCUCUUAGUCUGGUGUUUAAGGGGAUCUGACUGACUUUAAAAACUUCUCUCCUUUUCUCAGUCUGACCUCCGGCUUCUGCUGAUGUUGUUUUUGCCCUUUAAGACCCUGGAGGGCCCCUUAAGUCUCAUCAACAUGCUUACACACAAACAGAUCUCCUGAGUGUAUCAUUAGACCGACAUCCUCUGACCUUAUCGUAAAUGUAGCGCUGUGCUAACUCAUUACUUUAGCCCAUAAACUCCCUCGAGAUUGUUUCAGGGUGUAAUGUCCCAGCCCAAAUGUUCUCCCAGUAGGAAUAUGCGUCCCAUAUUUAGGAAAUCAUUUUAAUCUGGAUAGUUACAACAGAAUCAGAAAUUAACCCUCAUUAUUCCCCAUAUUCACAAAUAUAUUCACACCCCCCACUGUGACGCGAGAGGGUUUUAAGGGGAUGAAAUCGAUGAGAUGAAUCGCGGCUUUCUUUUAGAUUCACCUGGCUGCUCUAAAUGAGGAAAACAGCAGAUGGAUGUGAUUAUUUAUUCUCUUUGUGCUACGCAUGUUAAAACCGAACCAUUACUCUGACGCAAAUUAUCACACCCGGCAGACAUUUUUAUUACCCCGGGAACAUCUGUUAAGCAAACCUUUGUGAAAGCUGCCUUGAAGCGGGGCUCUGUAACUUUUGGAGGACUUUGGUUCACAAAAAAAAAAAGGAGUGGAAUCAAUGUGCAAUAAAACAAACAGCUCUGUUUAGAGUGGAGUGGAGUGGUUGGUGAUAAUAUUUCAGCUCUACAGCGUUAAACAGAGCUCUGACUUCUUUUACUGAUACUAUUUGUGGGUGAGAUAAAGCAAUUAAAUUGGUCAACCGUUGCCUGAGCAAAAGUACAUCAAUUAAAAAAAUGGGGCAAUUGGUCUUUUCAAACUCGCCACCGAAUAAUUUACGUUCAGUCCCUUUACUGAUUAUCAGUCCUUAACUUCACAGGUGUUAUCAUUAAAAUUAAAAUGCGGAACAGUUGAGUCUGUAACUUUAAAAAGUUUAUAAGAUACUAUGAUUGCUCAAAAGUGAUUAACCCACUCAGUACCUUUACAUGCACAGCUUAAUCGGACUAAGCUCAUAAUUCGCUUUUUUCGCCGAAUCGGACUUCUCUCCUUGUCCGCGUAAACAUGCUGCUGAAAAAAGUCGAAUUAUUGACGUGAACGUGUCCUCCUCCUCAAAACUAGGGGGCGAUAUGGGUCUUUUCAGUGGCACUGUUUCCGACCCCAUAUAACUGUCAAGAACAACAACAGCAGGUCCGUGCCAGACAUCUGAAGUGUCUACAACUGCUGCUGGGCAUUUUCGAACAAGAAGAUGCAGCAUCGUACAGCGUUGAUUUUGUCGUACAUGAUGUAUGCGCUACUUUUUCUGCAGAUGAGAUGAACGCCACUCCUCUCUUUUUUUUUUCCGGGGUGACGGGGGCGUGGUGCAUGCGCACAUGCAUUGUCCGAUAAUACUCUGACUAUGCUGGUUACAUGGUAGAGAAGAUCAAAUUCCAGUCACAUUAUCUGGGAGUCUUAAUCAGAGCUCUCCAACUCCAAUUAUAGUCGGACUAAGGUGUUUACAUGCACUUCAGUUGUCUGGUCUCGAUUGGAGUAAGGCAAUAAUUUGGAUUGUCCUGUAAACUCACUGAGUGAGAGCAAAUUUGGAUCAUGGCAACAGUAGAGGAGGCUUCUGGAGUGCCGAGGAAAAGGCCUUUCAAAAAUUCAAAUCCUAAAUUAAUAGUAUUCGCUCCCAAACCAGAAAUUAUAUCUACUACCCGGUUUAGUUAAUCCCCAUACAGCCAUCCAACUAGUCUAGUGAGCUAAAGGGACUACCCAAGGCGUCUUUAUGAGUUGGCAGUGCCCCUAAUCUCAGUUUCAAAGCGUUUCUCAAUGGCGUUUUUCAUUUCUCGAUUUGCUCGGUUAUGAUAAUCACCCAGGAUUGGUGAGUGAUGAAGAAAUUGCAUUGAUGAGCGCGACUGUGUCCCCAAAGGUGAACAACUAAGAGUGAAGCAACAGAAAAAGUUGAUUAUGCAGGGGUACUGAAAAAACAACCAAGUCUGAUUUUGUUUUACUGUGAGAGAUCACUUUCUAUGUCCAGCAUUGACAGAUCAAGCUGGUAAAACUCCCCCCGCUCCUCUUCUGCAGCUUCUCACAGUCAUCUGCAGUUGAAAUACCAGAAAUCCGCCCAUUUUCCUGCUGGCAUUUCCUCGACCCCUGUAAAGGUUUAGCACCAUGCUGCUGUGAUUGAGGUCUGUCAGGGCUUACGGCGAUCAAUGCAGAGGGAUUAGCAAGGAAACGUCCAACAGGAGAUCCCUGUGGCCAAUCUCCACGGUGACUCAGAGGUUGUUUCAAUCUGAUAUGUAGGUUCAGUACAGCAGCAGCAGUAUGUGCAACAUAAACACUUUAAAACCCUCUUGUUUCCCUGAUCCCCUUACAGUAAGCCAGUUGUAUUUGUUUGCUUUAUAGAUUGCAUUUGCUAUAGAGUUGUUUACUUAAAUAGAGUCUCAUCAUAAAGCAGCAUUUUACUGCAGAAAGUCAUUCAAAUCCUUUUUGAUUAGGCUAUAAAAGAAUGAUUACAACAAUAAUAAUAAUAUCACGAGGAAGCUCAUUUACUGGUGAUUCUGCAGAUCUCCCUCUGCUGGUAAUAUAAUCUUCUUCCAGCAGCACAGCCCUCAGCUGUGACCUGCCACAGACUGACUAUGUUUGCAUACCACAUUAUUUUCUCCGUUGUGGGCUCUGUGGAUUACAAAGUGGGGGAGCAGCUUUGGCUUCACCAGAUAAAUAUUUCACACUGAGGGAAUGCAAUCUGCUGCAUUUUCUGUUUCAAUGACACAGCGUGGAAUAUAAUCCCCGUUUGGCUGACAAAAGCUACAUUCAAAUCAUGUCACAAAACUGCUUCAAGUUCCCACUGAUUCAUCCUAAAGGUUUGGUCUACUUAAGAUGUUAAAACCGAGGCUGUAAUUCACUUUAAAGCGCACAUUCAUCAGCAGCUUUUCAUCCAAAAAGCCUCCCAGUACUUGAAACCGUCAAUAGACCUCACCAGGGACAGUUUGUUUUGAAGCACUUUUCUGCCAAAGAAGUGACCCCAAUGAAAAUUAUGCUGUCAGGAGGGUCUCUCCACUCUCCCGACUCUUCAGGACACGACUCUUGAUGGUUAUUUUUCCAAUGAACUUGAUUAAAUGUGAUUAUUUACUUAACAUUCUGAUGUGUUUCACAUUGAUGGACUCCCAGGGCCUUUUGCCCUUCCAAAUAAUUCAACAUAAUAACCCCUAGAUUGAAAAAAAAAAAAAAGUUAAUGAUGUGCUCUCAUUAGUUGGAAAUGUUUUAAAGUGCCUGUCAAUGGAGAAAACAUAAUAGUUUGCCCCAGAGUGUCCUGCUGGGAGAGAAUAGGAGGUCAAGUGCCUUCUUGGACGCCUUUCAGGCGGAAGUUGAAGUGGGGAGUCUGAUUUAAAGCAAACAUUUUCAUCAAGUGGCCAUAAAGGAUGCAUGACAGUGUAAAAAGAGGUCAAGAUCUCCUUUUAUUUGUGACAACAUAAAAGUUCUAGGGUACCCUCCAGUGGCGAAAAUAUGCUAGUUUCCUUGUUGGCACCUCUUUAGUGGAGAAAGCAUUAUGGGUUCAUGCAGGUUUUCUUGAUAGAAAGUCGCAGUAGUUGCCUCAAAAGUGGACCAAAAAUGGCAGAGUUACCUACAAGAUGGAAAAGGUGGUAAGGUCUAGGGUCCCCCUGGUGGAGAAAAGAUCAUUGUGUCAUCUGUCAAAGAAGAAAACAUAAUUUUGCCCACAAGGUUGUUCUUCUAACAGAUUGAACGCCCACUAGGGUACAGUCUGGUGGGUGUCCAUUUGGUAGAGAAAACUUAAUAAAGCCCUCAAAAGUUUGAGUGAUCUGUCGGUUGUCAUUUCAAUAGAGAAAUUACAACAAGAACCCAAGUUCACUACCCUUAUUGGAGAAAACACAAGUUUGUUCUCCACUAUGGCCUUCAACAAAAGUCUCCAAGGGUGUCCUUCUCAUUGACAAAUACGGCCAGACCUCAAAGGGUCUUUUCCUAAGGAGAAACCCUAAAAAUGGCCUAUUUUCUCUGACUCUUCUAGUAGAGAAAACAGAAUAGCGCCUUGUAGGCUGGGUUCAAUUGAGAAAACAUGAUCAUGAUAUUAAGAGUGUGCAAGAGAGGAGAAAAAGGGUAAAGGUGACUUUGUUUUGGAGGGUUAAGUUCCACUCAGGAUGCUCCUAGUGGAGAAAACAUAGUUGAGUCCUCUGGUACACCUGUCCAAUGGAGAAAACUCAAUAGUGCUUACACGAUUGUUCACAGAGUGCCCUCUAGAGUACAUUUUAGUAGAGAAAAUACCACAAAGGCCAUCUGGGGUGUCUCUCCAGUAGGGACUACCAAAAAAAGUGCGCUUUAAGUGGACUUACGUUUGGCAAGGUUACUCCAGGUUGCCUCUUUAGUGGAGAAAACAUAAUGCGGUCCAGGCAGUAUCAGAACUUUGUGAGUUUGCUGCCAAUUUGCUAUCGAUGUCUUUUUCCUGUAUCUAACCCAACACAGAUGAUGUCAAGGACAGGGUCAGGAUGCUAAAACUCACUCGCAGAAUGCUUAGAAGCUAAAACUUUGCAAUCAGGAUGAGCAGGCGCCUUUGAGGUCUCUGUUUAAGACAUCGUAAAUGAACAAUGUCUCGACCCCGACAGCUGGACGCAAUUGUCUGAAACAUUUGCAUAUCUUAUUCAGACAUCUGCAGAGGGAAAUAUACAAGACACCAUUAAUGCCAACAAAUUUAUCCCACUGGGCAUUGUGAGGGCAGUCAAUUGCAACGAAUGCAUUAAGGAAGCUGCAACUGCUCCAAAUGGUGUUUUGAUAUUGGCCCGGUCACCAGCUGUGCAAGAGAAAAUGAUGUACCUCUCACCUAAAUGAAUUAUGCCAGCCCACACUGAGGGCAUGAGGGGACCGAGAUGUCCCGACUUGUCUGUGAAACACUCCUGUUGGCAGGAGCUUAAGUGCUGUAAGAGAGCCGGAGUUGUUUUUGUCCUCUGCGUCUGCUGGUCUGAAACAAGUCCAGGUCAGGGAACACUUUGGACUGAAAAGCUCUUUGAAAUCAGACGCAGCACAUUAGUCAGUGUUAUUACCAUAGGUCAGAAGACCAGCUUGGCCUCUAAAGGCUCGCUCUCACCUCAGUCUUUUGUCAGUCUGUGUCCUCUAUCAGCACCAAAGCAGUUAUUAAAACUCCACGAGCAGCCAUUACACACUAAACGAGUCUAGUAGCAUAUUGAUUUAUCACAGGUGUAGCUUUCAUUUUCAGUCUUAUACCUGUUAUCUCACUAGAGCUUGAAACUAGAGCGGAUUGGUCCAAUAGCAUCCAUACGCUUUUGUCCUGAAAAUUGGUGAAAGAUAGAGCAAAGUGGUGAUAAAUAUGAAAUCAGAUGCAUUUUCGGAUCAUUAAAAAAACAAUUUAGCGAUUUCCAGCCACAGUUUUUAUAUCAUAUUAGUGAACUGACUGUGUUUGGUUUAAGGUAAUUCAACCAUGUAAUGAAAAAUGGCAGGGGGCAGAUAUCGGUUGACCUCGCAUGAGACAAAGAAGAGUUGAAGCUGUAAGCUUUCUGGCUUACAGCUGCAGUCUGACUUCAGAAACUGACCAAAAUCAGUUAAUAAACCAGGCUGCCAAAAAUGCAGUUUUUCUGUAAAGACGGGUGUUUUUUAAAUGGGUGUGUAUGUGGCUUCUACAGCUUUCUGAGCAAGCCUCUAGUGGACACUCAAGGAACUGCAGUUUUUUGUUCGACCAGACAGUCCCUGUAUCGGAUGACCUGUCCCUGGCUAAAGCUGUCCCCGGAUGUGUCCCUGACUUUAGCGUUUCAUGAAUGAGAACAAAAAUGUUGCAUGUAGACGAGGACAACGGUUAUUACAGUAACCAAGUAGGUAGGAAGCAAGUUGUGCGCAGUCCUGAACAACAGCUUUUACAGGGGUUUAUUAUGGGGGGCUCCUGUAGUACUGAGAUGUUGUCUGUGAUCACGCAGCCCAAGCCCCAUGAUCAUAAAUGUUCUUCCUUGAGCUGCGAAACUCCACUGUAGUCCGUAAUGCUCUGACCUGAGGUCUCGCUAUAAACAAGCAGCUGCUGGAAGAGAGUAGGUGAAUUGUGUUUAGUCUCUUUGCUAAAGAAAUUAGACAAAAUUAAAAAGAUGUUUGGUGUCUAGUACUAUGGCUGUGACCCUAUAUGUCCUGUUGAUGAAGUUAGGUGCUGUUCUGAACAUUAUUUGUGGCUGUAGAGUGGCGUUUUGGUUGAGGUUUGUUUAUGGCUCCUCAGACCGCUGUGUAUUGCUAUCCUGUGGUCGUUACUAAAGUUGGUAUAAUUAGAGAAGCAAGCGGUCACCAAUAUUCAUCCUCGACAGGGUGUCUAACUCGGUGCGUUUCAAUAAACCUGCUUCUGCCUGUUUGAUCCAAUGAUAUCCUUUAUGCUGUUGUUUCGAGGGAAUCCGAGGGUUGUAAAUGUAUCUUUGAGAUCCUUUGCACAAACCUUUCAGUGCUCUGUUUGAAUCAGGAGUAGCUUUGGAGGAAAAAGAGAAGCUUUUCACCCACAGUGACAGGAAAAGAAACUUGUCAAUGAGCCGCUAAAAAUGAUUGAUUCCUUUCAAGCUGUGUCUGUCUUGCUUCCUGUCUCAAGGUGUGUCGAUGCCAAUCCCAGUGAUCGGCCUCCACAACGAGGACAAGGUCUUUGUCAACGGCAGCUGUGUCCUCAAUGAGGAGCGCUUCAUGCUGAUUGGCUCCUUCGUGGCCUUCUUCAUCCCACUGGUCAUAAUGGUGGUGACGUACUGCCUCACCAUUCAGGUACCCGGUUCUGCCAGUGCCCUCCAAACGCACUCUAUCCUCUCCUAACCUUUUUUUAUGAUUCUGUCACUCAAAGAUCUUUUCUCUUUUCCUUCCUCCCUUUGGUUUCUCAGGUGCUUCAGAGGCAGGCCACUGUCUUCCUGUGCGAGGCCAAAACCUCCUCCCAGCAGCCUUUGCACACACCAGCAAUGUCAAAUACUAUACAGCCUCCAACCAGCACCUUCAGCAUUCCUCAAAUCAACACACUCGCUCCCUCAGACUCACAAGGUAAAAACUAAUAUAACCCAAAGCUGCAGGAAUCUAAAACUCAUGCAUAGACGUACUUUUAUUGGAAAGAUAAACCAUAAGCAAUACCCAUAUGUUUUUUUUACUGCCAAAGGGAGAGCGAAAACAAUUAUUGCUGUUGGUUUUAAUAACCCUUCUGAAGUGCCUUAUGUUGUUUUCUUUUUUCAUUUUCUUAUCCGAAGGUUUAAAUCUUUCCUCAAGCCCUUAAAAUCCAAAACUAAACCAAGGAGUUGCACAAACAGCUUGAUUGCUUGGCUGUUUUUCCCCCCGCUCCCGAGAUAGAUAGUUGAUUACACACAGCUGUAGUAAGUGUAGCUGGAUAUUCUUCAUCUAAAAAUAGAAGACGAGCCCAUCACAGCCCAGCACUUGUAAUUAAUUUUGGUAUGGGUGUAAAGACUUUGCUGAGGAUGGCUUUGAAAAGCAAGAGUGUAGGAACAGAAUAAGAGCUGGUUCAAGUUAGGGCCUGUGUGCACUGACAGCAGUUUUUGCUCAGUGUGCUUUACAUAUGGAAUUAACAUAAAAUCACAAUGAAUACUUAUGGGAGCCAUGUAUUAGUGUUAGCAGGAUCCCUAGAUCUAGAAAUUUGAGUCUUUAUUUUACCCUUCCACUAUUGUAGGCAAAGGUAAUCUCAGAUGUCCCACCCCUUGAAGAUUCUUUAGGUCAGUAAUGAUAAAGUUACUCUGCACAGACGUGACCAAAAGGUUGAAUUUUGUUUCAUCUAAGAGAGCUAAAAGUGCAACAACAGCAAAAAAGGGGUUUAUUUUUAAUUUAGUAUGCUAAACACUGAAAAUAAUGAACUGCAUUAGUCUUGUGCUGCUGUUACAGAGAAUGCUUUCAGUGGACACAGGCCCUUAAAGUCGUGGUUGACGAUCUGAGAAGCAGUUGAAAAAUGAGCCGUUGAGGCAGAUUUUAAAAAGCAAAGGUACAUCUGAAGAUACGCCGAGCAGUCAGAAGUUAUCUAUCUGAUCAGUCUGAACAUCACAUAAAUGUUUGAUUCCUGAUUCAAGCUCUAGAUUCAGCUCCUUCAGAAGAGAUAAGAUUGUUUUUUUUUCUCUUUUACGCAUGCUAACAACAGAAAAGUCAAUCCCCUUGCCUCCUACUAAAUAAACUUCCUAGCUGCACAUCGUUAACCCCAUGUUUCCCCGCUCGCAGAGUUAAAGGCUCCGCCUCUUCAGGGCAGAAGAAACACCUUGAGCUGUCUAAAAGCAGCCGAGCCCAGCAUGCUGCUCAGCGUCUCCACACCAGACAGCCUGAGUAUCAUCCCCAGCUCUGACGUGGCGUCUCAACUCAGCUCGCCAGCUGCGGGAACAUCACGGAGCGACGCCUCGGGCUGCAGCGGGCGACGAGGGAUGAUGCAGGCCAUAAAGAACGAGAGGCGGGCCUCCAAGGUGAGAACAAAGAGUGGAGCUGAGUGCCUGUCAGCUGAUUUAAGGUACUCUUGAUUCAAGUCUGCAGGGCAUGUAGCGUCACAGCACGGGGACAAUCGUGAUGGCGUUUGUGUUAAAAUGAAAAGAUACUUUUACUUUUUUUAUCAAUCAACUUUUAUGCUUGUGUUUUCUGUUCAAAUGAAUUUGUUGGACAGUGUUUUCAGAAGUGUAUAUUUCUUGAGCUGUGGCUUGAGGCAAGAAAACCUGACAGAAGAUGAAAAUCUUAUUUAUAUUAAACUCCAGUGGGUUGUAGAAAAAUGUCUUUUUUUCAGAUGGAGAAACAAAGUUUUGGCAUCUUGACGUUAACUUAGCAAUAACUGUCUGAGCUGUUUUCUAUAGAAACUUUUAAUCAUACAUAAAGAUGGACAGCAUGUAUGCUUUUUACUUUUAUGAGCUGAGAGGACGUUCAGAGGGGACUUUGUUUUACAUUUUUAUACCCACAAAUAAUCCAGAGGGCACCAUGUAAAUAGACCAAAAUCUAGAGGGCGCUUUUUAAUACAUUUUUAAACCCAUAAAUAAUCCAGAGGGCAUCAUUUAAAUGUCUUCUGCUUGAAGGGUGUCUAGAGGGUACUCUUUCACAAAUCUAUACACUGAAAAAUAAUCCAGAGGGAACUAUCUUUUAUGUUCUAUCCACUGAUAGAGCAUCCAGAGGGGACUUUUUUAUAUUUUUAAUACUGAAAAAUAAUACAGAGGGUGCUUUUUAAAAGUUUUCUUCACUGUAAGGAUAUCCAGAGGGUACUUUUUAAUACAUUUUUAUUCCAUAAUUAAUCCAGAGGGCACCAUUUAAAUGUUUUCUACUUGAAGGGUGUCUAGAGGGUACUCUUCUACAAAUUCAUGUACUGAGAAAUAAUCCAGAGGGGACUUUUUUCAUUUUAACCACCAAAAAACUAAUCUAGAGGGUACUUAUUAGAAGUUUUAUCCACUGUAAGGAUAUCCAGAGGGCACUUUUUAUGUGUGAAUGUUAAAGAGCAGCUAUUUAGCCACUUUUUCAUGGUAUUUAUUAAUGUUUUCUAAAUGUCAGGGGCAUCUAAGAGGGCUGCUCUGUCAUAGUUUUCCACCAGAGGAUGAUGAUCCCCCUGUCCGCUCUCUGAGUACUGAGGUGCUGCUGAAAGAUAGAUUCAGAGUAUCUCGAGGAACUUUAGUAGUAAUGUUGUCUGGUUUGGUGUUAAACCAAACAAAGAAACUAAGCCGUGUCUUGGAGGAUGUUUUGCAUAUCUCCUCCUGGUGUUCAGAUUGAAGGCUCUCACCAGUUUGUUCUUUUUUUCUUGCAUAAUAAUCAGCAAAUGUUUUUCAUUUCUUCACGUUUGAAGACCAAGAUAGAUAUCGUCUUCAAAGUGAGUCAAAUUCUUCAUCUUAAAAUGGUUGAAAAUCUUUAUUCUCCUUCAGUCCGGGCCAGACACUUUAGGUUUAAAGUAUUGCAGAAGUCAAAGAGGGCACAGUGGGUUGUCAGCUUUAAAAUUCACAUUUAUAAAGGGCAGCGCGAUCUUAUAUCCAUAUCAAAAAUUUAGAUCCCAGCAGAACAGGCGCACUCAAAAGGAUAUUAAAAAUCAUCAAUCUCUGUGAUCUGAUCUGUCCUCUUCCUUCUUUCCUUAUUAAUAUGUCCUUCCCUCAGGUCCUGGGAAUCGUCUUCUUCCUCUUCCUCAUCAUGUGGUGUCCCUUCUUCAUCACCAAUGUCACCUUCGUCCUGUGCCGAGGCUCCUGCAACGAGUCGCUGCUCAACGACCUCCUCAACGUCUUCGUCUGGGUGGGCUACAUCUCCUCGGGGGUCAACCCUCUGGUCUACACCCUCUUUAACAAGACCUACAGGAGGGCCUUCUCCAGCUACAUCAGGUGUCAGUACAAAGCGGGGGCCAAUGCAGCCGGACAGAGUUGCAAAACCCUCCUGGUCCCCCCGCCGUGCCCGUCGCAAAGCGUGACCCCACUUCUGAUGGGCAGUCACGGGAAGGCGGGCAUGGACCGCAACAGUAACUGUCGCAACGGGGGCAGGGGGGACAACGGGAGGCUGGCGGUGGAUCCCGAUGACGUGACAGACGACGGGACACAAAUCGGGAUAGUGCCGCAGAGCCUCUCGGAGAGCCACAACAUCGGCAUGCUUUCGGAAACAGAGCCGGAAACGGAGGUGGAGCAGGAGCUGUCACUCAUCAGCUAUAGCCCCGCCUCCAAAGAACACACAAGCAGCGUGUGA